GACAUUUACCGUCUCCAAUAAUAUCCAAUGCCAACACUCAUUGUAUACAACCAACAUACUUUUCCUUCUUAUCCUUAAUUAGUAUCACUAAACUUGCUCGUAAUACAAUCCUUCAGUACAAAUUCGUUCGUUUCGGACUACAUUUCAAUAAUAUCCUCAACAGCACAGCCCUCUUGCUCAACGAGGCUGAAAUCAACCCCCAUAAUCAAUCAACGCAAACGAAUAAUUUACGCCAGUAUAUCGAAUUAGCAUCUUUUCACUAAAUAAACCGGACGACCUAGUAUCUUUGCGUCCUAGGUCUAUAUCACUAUAGUCGCAGACUCUCAAUCUCAAACGUCGUCCAAUCAUCGUUUCCGCAGUAAAGUGGCAUCAUGGCAGGAUCCGAUCUACCUCACGAUCCCAAAAAAGCUCUCGAGUUUAAGAACAAGGGAAAUGAUCAUUUUCAGAACAAAAACUAUGAGGCAGCUGAACAAUUAUAUAGUAAAGCCAUCUCCCUCGAUCCCCUCAACCCAAUUCUCCACACAAACCAGUCCAAAGCUCUCCUUAAACUUGCCCGCUACCCUGAAGCAAUCGCAUCCUCUGAAUCUGCUAUCGCAGCCAUCUCCUCCGCCCCCAUAAAUAGCGUGUACAUGAAAGCCUACUAUAACAUCGCACAAGCAUACCAUGCGCUACGCGACUAUGAUUCCGCGCUCAAAGCAGCGGAAAUGGCGAGGGAACAUUGUAUAAAGGAUAUGCCGAUUGGAGGGAAGGGAUUGGUCGGGAGUGGAAAGAGUUUGCCACUUAUCUUAGAGCUGGGAUUGAGGUGUAGGAAGGAGGGGUGGGAGAAAAAGGAGGAGAGGAGGAGGAGGGACAGGGGCUAUUUGCUGGGAGAGGUAACGGGUUUGAUGAGGAGGGAGAUGGAGAGGGAAGGGGGAAGGAAGGAAGGAUCUGAUAAGGAAGGGAAUGGAGAUGCAAUGGAUAUUGAUACUGAAGAGAUCACAAAAGAAUGGGAGAAAAAGAUUGAAGAAGUAGAGAGGAUGUUCAGACUGGUUGAAACACAAGGAAAGGACGGGAGGAGGAGAGAAAUGCCCGAUUGGGCAAUUGACGGAAUCAGUUUUAAUGUUAUGAUCGAUCCUGUUGUGACCAAGACAGGCCAAUCGUACGAACGCACAAGUAUCCUCCAGCACCUCGAGAGAAGCUGUACCGAUCCGCUAACAAGAGAGCCUUUGAUCCCAAGUGAUUUAAGACCCAAUCUAGGAUUGAGGCAUGCAAUUGAAGAGUUUUUGGAGGAGAACGGGUGGGCUGUUGAGUGGUAGUUGUUGUUUCGAGACGAGAAAGGGAGAGGAGGAAGGAGAUGAAAGUGGAGUUUGAAAUUAAAUGAUACGUUAAGCGAGCGUUAGCAUAGGUUGACCGUCUGUCUGCCUGCCCGUUCAUAUCAAGCGGUGCGUUUCUUGGAUCUUCUUUUCUCGAUUGCCUUAUUUGCGUGUUUGUUAGUGGAUGUGGAAAUGCAAGGUGAGGAACAUGGGGUGCGUCGAACGAUGAAGUCGAUUUGAGAUAGCUAUCCCGGUCAUUUCAUCAAGAUAUGGAACUAGGUGUUUGCUCUCUUUAAUUUUUUUUAAUAAAUUUAUCGGUUGGUAGAUGAAUGAAUAUAACGGAGGGUUUGGUUCUUUUGUGUGAUAUGUUUUGUUCGUUUUGAAUGUAGAUAAGUGUGGAAUUUGAGUACAGGGAUGGAUUCUUGGUCGGAUAGAACGAUAAAUGCAUGUUUUAUAUAAUCUUACAUUCACUUCAUGUUCUUUUGAGAAUAAAGUGGGAAGCGACCAGUGACUUAUUAGAACUUGUAGCAAGUGAUGGAAAUUCUAGACAGGGUGAA